UCGUCAUAUUGCGCGUGCACUGUCAGUGGUUUCGCAUCUUGUCCAAUCGUGUGUGUCCUCAGUGUGCACACAGCUCUCCUCCAGCCGACAUCCGAGCAGCAGAGAGGCAGAGAGGCAGAGAGGCAGGCACCCCCGGAGCACCAGCAUCCUUCUGAGAGCAACCACCAUCACACAUCCAGAGGAAAAACGCUGCGUGAAGCACAAUGGGACCCUUCCAAGAAUAUGAGCUCUGACAGAUGUUGCUUCGAACAGGAAAAGAAGUCACCAGAGAAAGGAAGCCCCCGCAGCCGCAUCCCGCGUUUGGUCCUCCAUCCCUUCCGACCAAAAGACAAAGGUUCGCCUCUGUCCGAUUCACCUUUUUCAGAGGAGGAGGGGAAGGAGUACAGCUCAGACCUCUCCAAAAGGACCAUCAACACCAACAGCUACUGUUCUGAUGACACCGGCUGCCCCACUAGUCAGUCUGUGUCCCCCUCCAAAACCCCGCCAGGCUCAGAGCAGAGUGCCCACGGCUCGCCCGUACUCCCCGAGCGCAAGACCAAAGUGAAGAGGGUGAGGAUGAUGGCCGAGUGGAGCGGCGAACCACGGAGCACCCCGAGGCACAAGAGGGAGCUGAGGUCGGCCAUGAAAUCCAGAGGUAGUGAGGCCGACUUUAGCUCCUCCAGCAGCACAGGCAGCCUGAAGACCAGGGAGCGCCUCGCCUCCCUUUCAACUGGAAAGAGAGCUUCUUCACGCAGUCGCAGCACCCACAUCAGACCGCUCCCAGUGUUCAAACCAGCCGGGAGCCCUACAGCCAACCGCGAUGCAGAGCUCUACGCUCCCUACAGGACUCCUCCCACGGCUGCCUCCUCAACCAACAGCAGCAGCUGCAACUCCAGCCCCACCUCCAGAAGAGCGAGCCUGGGCCGCUACCACUCCUGUGGAGACAACCAUGGCAUCAGAGCCCCGAACCCAGAGCAGUAUCUCACCCCUCUCCAGCAGAAGGAAGUGACCAUCAGACACCUGAAGAGCAAACUGAUGGAUGCAGAGAACACGGUUCAUGACAGAGAGACAGAGGUGGAGGAGCUUAAGGCCCAGCUCUGCAGGAUGAGGGAAGACUGGAUUGAAGAGGAGUGUCACCGGGUGGAGGCUCAGCUGUCCCUCAAAGAGGCUCGCAAAGAGAUCAAGCAGCUGCGUCAGGUGGUGGAAACGAUGAAGAGCAGCCUGAUGGAGAAGGAUAAGGGAAUACAGAAGUAUUUCAUUGACAUCAACAUUCAAAACAGGAAGUUGGAGUCCCUGUUACAAAGCAUGGAGCUGGCCCAGAGCGGCUCCAACCUUCCAGAUGAAAACACCUUGGACUUCAUCUGUGACGGCCCCGAUAACGGUGGGAAGAAGAUGGUGGGGGGGGAGGAGGAGGGCGUGAUGGAGCUGGGAACCCAAGGGGCGGAGGCGAUGGCGGACAGCGGGCUGCUGGUCAACGAUGAGAUGGCCAACAGAACGGACAUUUUGGAGCAGGUCUUCAUGUCCACUGCAGUGGAUUAUAGCCAGGACUCUAGCGGCAAGCUGGGUUCAGGGACAGAGUCUGGGCCUGAGGUGUCCAUGCUGUCAGAGGGACAGUGGAUUGACGAAUCCACUGCACCUCUCCCAAACACCGCUUACGCCACCAUCGCCCUCUCCUCGAGCACACGUUCCCUGCCGAACGCAGAAGAUAAAGGAAUCCAGACCGACAUAAUGCCCCUGUCUCCAGACUUGCAGGCUCUGCUCCUCCAGCUGCUCAAGUUCCACGAGGCGACUGCGGGGGACACGGCGCUGUCAGCCUGCAGCAGUCUUCUGGGUCUCCCAAACUUGCCCGACUUCGCUUCCAAUCCCCCGGAUCCAACACCUCCCCUACCCAGAAUGCCCAGUCCUGCUCCCCCGGAGAGCCCCGACACCUCCACCGAUUCCGGCACGUGCUGCUCGGACCCUGCAGAGAGCCGGCGGUUCAUGGAGGAGCUGGAUUUUAGUGUCGGUGAGGAGGAACCUUGUCGUCUGUCGCCAGGACUGGAUGUGGCCGGCAAGCGUUACUGGAGCAACAGCUUCCUGGUGGAUCUGGUCGCAGUGGCAGCACCCGUGCUACCCACAGUGGCCUGGCUGUACUCGCGGCACGGUGUGGACGGAAGCGCUCCAGUGUACAACAUUGCUGCUCUUAUCAGGGGCUGUUGCAUCAUGGGAUUGCACUCUCUUCGUCACGUCGCUCACAGGCCAAAUGCGUAAAGGCUUCCACCCCGCAUGCACACGCCUAACCUUGAACUAAAAGCACUUAAGCAUUUGUAUUUGUGAGAUUGUUGCGUUUUUUUUUUUUUUUUUUUUUAACACUUGAUAUCAAUGCAGUUAUUUUGGUUCCAACACUUACUUUUGCACUGUACAGUUGCCAUGAGUUGAAGCAAAAUGGUGACAUGAAUGGGAUUAUUUAUGAAGGGGGUUAUUUAUGUAUUUAUUUAUCAUUUACAUGUAUAAACUGAUCAUCUGGGUAGAUGGUUGUGUUAUCAUUGUCCUGUGGUGUCCCUAGGUGUUUGUGUUUAAAAAAAAAAAAAAAAAAAAAUAAUUCUUUUACAUUAUGACAUUUUCAGGUCAAAGAUUGAUUUAUUUUCCGUUUUGAUGGGUUUGGAAAUUCAAGUUUUUUGAGUUAUUGUUCAAAAAGAAAUCUUCAGCCAAAGUUAAUGUGAAUUCACUGUUCGUUUUGUGAAGAAGUGUACAUUUAUUUAUUUUUUCUUUCCUGGGAGUAGAGCUUUAUUUAGCCUGUGCAUUGUUCAUAGAAAUAAGCUAAUGCUUUAAAGCAAUUGACACUUGUUAUGUGCCUGAGCUAUGUGCAAUACUGGUUUGUUUACAUCAAAUGUCCUUGUAUCUUUAUUAUUAAAGCAUGAUAAAUUCUG